CUCCCCCACGUGCUGGUAGUAGGGCCUGAAGCGCAGCCCUUGCAGGUGAUGUUGCUCGUGAGGCUGGUGAGUGCAGGGGUCAGGCCCUGGACACUUGCAGGGAGGCCUGGGUCCGCUCACCUCCUCACUCCCGCACCUCAUCGCUGUGCACACAGCUCCACCUGCAAGGUUCCCCAACAGCCGACUUGGCGACCUGCCGAGGAGCCUCCACGUCCCGAGGUGGAGGUGGCCCUACUGGGCCACCUGGAGCAGCAGGCCCUGGUGGCGUUUGGGAGCUCCGAGGCGUCCCAGCGCCUCGGAGACGCCGUGGAGUUCGCAGGGCGCCUACAGGCUGUGGAUACUCACCGGGUGAGCCCCAUGGUGAGCACCACUCACCACGACAGGAGGAGUCUGUGGCUGCGAAGCGACGAGGUGACGGAGGGCGGCCCGCGUGGACGAUGUGAUGAUGAACGCUCGUCUCGUGGAGGACGACUACUACGUCGCUCCACCAGGUAACAUCCCGCUGCCCGGGGGGAGCUUGGAGCCGGUCGCGAUGAGCCUGCCGGGCAGGCGGCAGCAGCAGCAGCAGCAGCAGCCGCCCAACAACGACAACCCCGCCAGCGACCUGGACGAGUUCUGACGCUGAACCCCGGCUAAAUGUUACGGGUGGACAAUGAGAGGUUUUUCCAUGACCACCGCCUUGUGUUGCCCAUCCCCAAAGAGCGUGGAUCCCCUUAGAUGGGACGUGGCUAUAUAUAUAUUAAUGUUUUGACAAAUUCGUACUCGUUGGUUCUGUUCGGUAAAGUCACGUAGGUAAAGGGAAAAAUGAAACGACAAAAAUGACGACGUUUCGGCCACAACGCAAGCGGCCUUCAUCAGGUGAAGGGAGGACAGCGCUGGAGUGAAACAGG